CACCAGCCAGCUGGGUAACACGUCACUCGCCGGAGCCGUGUUUUUUCCUUGCUAGACACCAGUUAGCCAACAGUGAGCAUCUUCUGCUCAAAUAUGUCUUUUUUCCAGGAAAAGUGGGGGGUUGCUGUUGCUUGCCUUCAUAAAAACUGACCCACAGAGGAUGGACGGAUUUUUUUUUCCUUCAGCCGACUGACGUCAACUGCAUCAUGGGAAGGAUCAGCUUCUCAUGCCUCUUCCCGGCCUCUUGGCAUUUUAGUGUGUCGCCCCAGCUUCUCCCUCGGAUUCUGAUCCCUUCCCUCAGACAGCUGCUCUUCUUCAGCCUGCUCAUCUGCCUCAUAGGACUGCUUUACCUGCUGCUCGUUGUUGGAAAAGGUCAUGUCAGCUGGAUCACACGAGAAAACAACUUCCAUAGGCACCUCGCCAGGGUCACCGAUGUGGAUGCGACAGAUACAAGCAACCCAAACCUAAACUACGGUCUGGUGGUGGACUGCGGCAGCAGCGGCUCCAGGAUAUUCGUGUACUGCUGGCCUCGGCACAACGGCAACCCUCACGAACUGCUGGACAUCCGGCAAAUGCGGGAUCAACAUCGUAAGCCAGUGGUCAUGAAGAUCAAGCCUGGCAUUUCAGAGUUGGCUAAAACUCCAGAGAAAGCCAGUGAUUACAUGUACCCACUUUUAAGUUUCGCAGCUCAGCAUAUUCCAAAAAACAAACACCAGGAAACCCCCUUGUAUAUCUUGUGCACAGCUGGAAUGAGAGUAUUACCAGAAAGCCAACAAGAAGCCAUUCUUGAGGAUCUACGCACAGAUAUCCCAGUCCACUUCAAUUUCCUGUUCUCUGAUUCCCACGUGGAAGUGAUUUCUGGAAAACAAGAAGGAGUCUAUGCAUGGAUUGGAAUAAACUUUGUGCUCGGAAGGUUCAAUCAUGGUGACAGUGAUGGGGAAGCUGAAGUGGAGGUUCAUGUCCCAAGUAUCGAUCAGCAGGACACACUGAGGAGACAAAGGACAGCUGGGGUUCUGGACAUGGGAGGUGUCUCCACACAGAUUGCCUAUGAAGUGCCCAAAACUGUAAGAUUUGUCUCCCCACAGCAGGAAGAAGUUGCCAAGAACUUACUGGCAGAGUUCAACCUGGGAUGCGACGCACACCGCACUGAGCACGUUUACCGUGUUUACGUGUCCACCUUCCUGGGCUUCGGAGGAAACGCAGCACGCCAAAGAUACGAAGAAAACCUCAUGAGAAAAACCAUCACUCGAAACAAGCUUUUAGGUGAGCAUUUUGGUGAGACAGCAGAGUCUCCGCUGCCUGAUCCUUGUCUUCCCACUGACCUGGAAGAUCAGAUUGGGACAUCUACGGAGAAGCUGUAUCUGCGAGGCACGGGAGACUUUGACCAGUGCAGACAGAUUCUCCAGCCCUUCCUGAACCGCACCAACGACACUCAUAGCUCCCUCAACGGCGUGUACCAGCCGGCGAUAGACUACAGCAACAGCCAGUUCUAUGGCUUCUCUGAGUUCUAUUACUGCACAGAAGACGUUCUGCGUAUGGGUGGGGAUUACAAUGCUUCCAAAUAUGCCGCGGCUGCCAAGGGUUAUUGUGCCACCAAGUGGAAGACACUGCAGGAGCGCUUUGAUUCUGGUUUGUACGCGUCACAUGCAGACUAUCACAGGCUAAAGUACCAGUGCUUCAAGUCUGCAUGGAUGUAUGAGGUUUUCCACUCUGGUUUCUCUUUCCCAACAAAUUACAAGAACCUGAAAACAGCCUUGCUGGUUUAUGAGAAAGAGGUCCAGUGGACUCUUGGGGCUAUACUUUACAGAACACGAUUUUUACCCCUAAGAGACAUCCAGCAAGAGAGUCUUAAAGGAACACAUUCCCACUGGCGUCACAGCUUCUCCUUUGUCAACAAUCAUUACCUAUUCCUUGCUUGUUUCUUCAUCGUAUUGCUUUCUAUCAUACUGUACUUAAUGAGACUGCGCCGCAUCCAUCGGCUGGCAGUGAAGCACUACACUCCCUCCUCUGUGCCGUGGCUCGAAGAAGGUCUCGGCCCACCAAUGCUUCCCAUCAUCCUCUGAAUGCUGUAGUCAGGACUUUGUUCUUGGCUUUCUAGAGCCAAGGCUCAGCCCUCUUCUUUGAGGUUUCUGCACUCCACAAUGUGUUGACAAUGGUAUCAAUAUUGACUAAACUGUGGAAACCUUUUUUUAUUAUCAGUUUUUCUUUUACAGUACAACAUAAUCUGUGAAAAGGCAGCUCUCUUACAAACUUAUUUCUAGACCAUAUGGUACUUUUCACUAAAAAUCCAAAACUGCACAUUGAAAUUUCACAUAGUUGUUCAAAUAAACCUUGCAUACACAUUUUAUGUUGAUGUUUUGUUGGAGAUUUUUGCCUUUCUUUCUGCCUUUUCACAUACAUGAUCUUACAGACACAUACACACAGCUUAAGAAGUGCUUGCUGUUUUUGCAGAAACCUUGAAUGCAGGAGGACUUAUUUGUGUCUGAGGCACUUUGCUAAUGCAUUCAAGCCGGAUAGAAUGUUUCAUGUUCUGUGUGCACGUUUGUCUGUUUUGCCCAUUUGGGGUGCAAGAUGAGAGCCUGUAAAGUUACAUUAGUGCAAUACACAUCUUGUCACUGUCUAAACAUUCUGGUAUACUUGUUUUGCCUUUCAGCCAAGAGCAUAUCUUCUAUGGUUCUGCUGAGAAUAAUGCAUCUGUCCAAUUAACUUGGAUACUGUCACAUUUUAUUGAAGUUGGGUUAAGUUUUGAAAUGUUGUCAUAUCACUGCUGUGAGGAGUGUAACUGAAAGCACAUGACUUUAUAAAAUAAUAAAUUAUGCUUCAAUCAUAAAUGUGAAAUAAAUAUUACAAUAGUUAAAAA